UCUCGUCAUGAAACAGGCAUUUGAUUUAUGAAGCGUUGGACAACUACAAAGUAUGGAAGGGAUUUAGAGGACGUUUUUACUCACUUUAACCGUAAUUUAAGCCUCAAUUCUUGGCAAGUAAAGAGACGAAGGAUGUCGUAUACUUUUAGCAAGCUGGUGGUGUGUAUAAUUUUCGGAGGGACACUUUUAUUGGUCUCAAAAGGAGCAUCUGGUAAUAUAGCUCCAUAUUUCACUCAAGAACCAUCAGAUAUUAUAGUAAUAAAGAAGAGAUCAGCAGUUCUGAACUGUUCUGUUGAAGGAAUUCCACGACCCACGAUAUCGUGGUUUCAUGAUGGUACAGAGAUGUUGUUGGGUGACAAGAGAAGAAGAAUCCUUCCAGAUGGUUCUUUAUACUUUAGUAGUAUUACACAUACUAAAAGUAGUCGGCCGGACGAAGGCCGAUACCAGUGCCGUGCGUCGUCACGCAUUAGAAAUCAAGAUUAUAUAGUUUUAAGUAGAAGUGCUCAUCUAAGAGUUGCUGGUAUGUCUUCAAAAGUCACAUUAGAACCAGCAUCACAACAAGUCAUUUUCGGUGAUGUAGCAAGAUUACUUUGUAGGGUUCGGCAUUCAAUGCCAAAAGCAAAAAUUACCUGGAAAUUCAAGCAAAAAGAUGGAACAUACAUAUCAUUAACAACAUCAAAUAAUAAACAUACUUUAUUAGACAAUGGCGUAUUACAAAUUAGAAAUGUACAGUGGUCAGACGCUGGGGAAUAUGUGUGUACUGCGACGAAUAAACUAGCUAUGAGGACGUCUUCAAGUAAUGCUGCCAAUCUAACUGUCGAUGCCGAUACAAACACCACAAAAGGCAGUAGGGUUGUGCUGGAGUGUGCUCUCCGCGGCAAUCCAAAACCAUCUAUAGAGUGGUAUAAGAAUGCACAGCUUAUAGCAUAUGACAAUAGAGUCAAAAUCUUGGGAGAAGGCAAUCUUGAAAUCACUAGUGCGGUGYCCGAUGAUGAUGGGGAAUACAAAUGUCAAGGAUCGGCAGGCAGUCUAAGCGUGUACAAGUCUGUGACGCUGCAAGUUCACUAUCCUCCGACAUUUACUUCCAAACCUUCAAACAAGAAAGCACAUGUAGAUGACACUGUAAAAUUCAAGUGUGYCGUUGACGGCAGGCCAACGCCCAGCGUGAGUUGGUAUAAAAAUGGUUACAAGCUCCCACCCAGCACAGAUUAUAUGCACUUCGCCCCUGGAUCAAUGACUGUAGAGAUGGUGUUACCGUCCGAUACUGGCAUUUACCAGUGUGUCGCUAGUAAUUAUCUUGGGGAAGAGCAAGCAUCCGCUGAGCUUUCUGUUUUUGAGAAAGGUAUCCUCAUUCCCACUGUUGCCCCAACAACAACAACACCGCCACCAACAACCACCAUCCAACCAACCACUCUGCCAAAAACUAUGACUCCACCAUCCAGGCUACCUGGUAAGCCACAAAAUGUGCGUGCAAAGACGCUUUCUUCUACAGAAAUUGAAGUGUCCUGGGAUCCACCACUCCAAACCAAUGGGAAGAUUCUAUUUUACCACAUCUUCUUUACCUAUGCCGAGGGAGGUGGAGGAGUGGCAAGACUAGAAAACACAACAAAAACAAGCAAGAUAUUCAGAAAUCUAAAACCCAACACAAAAUUCAGGUUCCGGGUCUAUGCUCAAAAUUCUUAUGGAACUGGGCCAAUAUCGUUUGACGCUAUUGGACAAACAGCCCCAGCUGGGAAACCACCUGCAAUGCCUACAUCUUUGGUUGCCGUGCCAUUAUCAUCCUCACAGAUCAAAGUCCAGUGGGCGGAGCCACCGUCAGAAAAAGAGAUCACAGAGUACUUUGUCGAAUAUCAAGAGGUUAGUCAAGCCAGUGGAGCAAAAACCAGCACCUUCACUCCUAACAGACAGCUCACACUCAAAGCUCUCAAGACAUACACCCAGUACAAAAUAUGGGUGUAUGCUGUAAAUAAGGAUGAUGUCAAGAGCCAGCCUGCUGUUACUACUGCUACCACCUAUGGAGGAGUUCCCAAAGGAAAGCCACGAGGCCUCGUUGUCAAGGGUGACGGCACAGGGACAGGACUGCUCGUCACGUGGAAACCAGUCCAUCACAGUCUGGUGAACGGGCGAAUCACAAAGUAUUUACUGGAAUACAAAAGGAAGAACAGAAGGAAGAUCAAACGGGUAGACUUGCCGGCUUCUCCGUUGCAUUACACUCUGAUGAGAUUAAACCGUAAUACUGUGUAUGAAGUGCGCAUGACUGCUGGUACAGAUUCUGGUCAUGGGGAUGCCACUCACUGGGUGCAAGCUAACACAAGCGUUACAAAGUGCUCAGGUCCUGGGCGAACAUACGUUGUCAAGGUGGUGGCUAUAAACAGCAACAAAGACAACGGACCUAACAUUCAAGAAGAAAUCGUGAUCCCUCCAAGUCCAGAUCAAGAGAAACCCGUCAAACAAGUCCGAGUGACGCCAUUGACAUCCCGUGCUCUCAAGGUGGACUGGGUCGAGACGAGCGAUCGUAUUUCCGUUGUUUAUCACGUGUACCACAGCUUUAAGAAGGCCGUGGUGUAUUGUGGGAACACCACCUCCAAGACUAUUGAUUGUUCUGGGCUGAAGCCUUAUACGUUUUACACUGUGUAUGUACGAAGGCACGGUGAGAACGUCAAUAGUACUGGGAUGAACCGAACGAAGGAAGAGAAGCCGAGUCCUCCCACGGACAUCACAGGAAGUCAAGCAGAAGACAACACCACAGAUCUUUUCCUACACUGGCAAAUCCCAGAGCAAAUCAAUGGAAAGAUCCUACAGUACCGAAUACACUACUCUACUAAUCUGAGCCUUUCGUUAGACCAAUGGGAGAAAGUGGACAGCAAUGGCAGCGCAAUGAUGACUCGAGUCAAAAAUCUGGUCUCUGGGAAGAAGUAUUAUUUUAAGAUUCAAGUGAGGAAUGGUGCAGGGUGGAGUGAUGCUUCUAAAGCUAAGAUGAUCAUGAUUAAAGAUAAAGGUUCUCCCACUGAAGCAGGCCCUACUGGGAACAUCAAUGCACAAGCUGCAGGCAGUGGCGAACUCAAAGACAAGACAUUAUGGAUUGUUAUUGCUGCGGUAGCCGGCGUGACCCUCAUCGCCAUUAUCGUCAUCAGUGUUGUUUUGUGCAAGAAGCGAUCAGGCGAGGACCAAAGCCCUAGGAAGGCACGAAAACCGCCUCCUUCGUACAAGUCGGCUGUCAUAGCGAAUGGGUCGGUGAAGAAAAAGAAAGAAGAAAAACCGCCUGACUUGUGGAUCAAUCACACGGAGAAUAUGGAAAUGAAACCGCUCAACUCUGCUAACCCACCACCGGACGUGACAAACAUACCAAGGAGCUCCAGAGAAAUGAGACCACUAGACGACCACCCAAUAGAUCAGAUCAAACUAGACCACGAAAGAUGCUCUUUCCGCAAAGACAGUCAGGAAAUGGAACCCGAUGAAUUACCCCCUCCACCUCUGCACCUAUUGGACGAGGAUGAUGAUGAUGUGCCCUCCCCUAUAGCUAUACCCAACCGUGCCCCGUACCGUCCGGUAGUCAAUUACCCUAGACCUUCGACUCCUGAUAAUGGACCCAGGUACCCAGCGUACCCAUUAACGAGCACCCCACGGCAUCUCAACACAGUACCUCGCAGCGAGUCAUUUGAUAACUCAAGAGAACCUGAUGUAAACACUCCAUUAUUGAGGUCCCACUCAGAUGACUUCGACCGUGCCCCCAAAGAUAAGCCUGCACCCAUUUAUGCAGUACCCAAACCAAAGCCGAAACCAAAGCCUUUGAAUGAGCCAACCCAGAAGGUACCGCCRCCGACCAAGCCUAAACCGACCGGACCAAAUGAUGAUAUACAGCUACCAUCUGUUGGAUACAGCACACCUACAGGGGUAUAUCGAGUUCCUAAUGGUACACAGAAUGCGCCGCCAAAGUAUGAUGAGAAUUAUAUUCCCCAGAGAAAAGACACAAGGGCUGUUGCAGCCGAAUUGGACCACGAGUUAGCAGGCCUUGAAGGGCUAAUGAAAGACUUGAAUGCAAUAACAAGCAAUGAUUAUCUAACAUAACAUCAACCAUAAAAUUAUUAUCACUGAGGAUAUCAAUCACCCUGAGGGUAUAUCUUGGGAAGAACGUACAGGGCCAAACAAUGAGGUGGUACAGCACACAAAAAUGUGAAUAAUUUAGCAACGGUGAGCUAUCAAAACCCCCUUCAAGAUCAUAUGCGGAUGGAGAAAAAUCUCAAAUAGUUUUAUAAUCCCACAUAAUUUCUUAGCAAAUAAGUAAAAAGCCUAUGUAGCGGUGCAGAAUAAGGGUUCGAGCGGGGAAAGGGGAGGGGGACUGGGGAUAGGUGAGGGGUGGCUCUUGAUUCUCGUCCCCAGUCCCUGUGCCUUUCUUUUUCUUCCACUCUCCCCUCGAGCAGCUCCAUAGGCUAACGAAAAAGAUAUAUUAGUUUUAUAGCCAGGUUUACAUGUAGCAUUAUCCAAGACCGGAAGAAAAGUAUCACUUCCGGGUGCUAUUUAAAAGUUUUUAUGGCCAGAUUAAUUUACCAAAUUUUUAUCCACUCAGUAUUAACACUUGUUUCUUAAUUACAAACCUAAACCGAAAUUAAAAUAGUAAAAUAUUGACGCCAUUUCUGGUUUUUUACGAAGAAAAUUCCGGAUGUGACGCAAGCUAAGUUCCCUGCGCCAUCUUGAAAGGUAGCCGUGCCUUUGCGUCGAAGCGAGACAAACGGUGAGCUUGCAAUGAUACAGACCUUUCUUAACACUUUGGACAAUUAUUCAAGUGUCUCAAUCAUUGCAAGCUCAUCGUUCGUCUCACUGCGAUGCAAAAGAACCUAAAUUGCGCAGGGAACUGUGCAAGGGACUAUUUGACUUUUUGUGCGUUAAAUCUUUUAAGGCACAUUUUGCCUUUAGAUUUUUUGGCUCAGAAUGACUAACGCUCUCAAAAUCGUGGCAAUGCUCGCAAACUAAUUGCCAGUUACCCUUAAAGAGUUAAUUCUUCAAUAUAAAAUUCAUAAUAUUCUAAUAUUUUUAAAUAUUUCCAUAAUCAUCAAAAGAUAUAUAUAUUUGUAGUCACGUGGGUUUAUGAUGGUUUUGAUAUUUCUAUUUCCCUGUUUUGGCCUUGUACAUUUUUUAAAAAGAUUUUACGGAGAUUUUAGUCCGACAAAAUUAGGACUUCUAGCUUACAAAGUCAUGUGCGAUAAAAGUAGACAAAAAUUACAGGCAAAUGUUAGACUCCCAAAGGGACUAGUUACAACAUUCAGUUAAUUUAACUGGGCCCGGUUGUACGUAGCCUGGAUAGUGCCACAAAGUGGAUAAGUCGAUGCUGCUUUCCAAUAAGUUUAUCCACUGGAUAAGAUUUAUCCGUCGAGUAGCGCUAUCCACCCUUCGUACAACCGGGCCUGGUGGCGUCAUCACCGCCCUAUCUUCUCUUGUUAUAGAUACACCAACAUGGCGACUGUUAUUUUGUCAUUURAAUAAUUCAGUUUGUUUCCAAGUGACGUCAUCACCGCCAUGUUGAUGUACGUUAGCAAAAGAUUUCUCGUUAGCUUCUCUUGUUAUGUGCACCAACAUGGCCGCCAUGUCUUUUUCAUUUGAAUCUGGUUCUGUUUGUUUCAAUGUGACGUCAUGACCGCCAUAUUGGUGUACGUUAACGAAAGAUUUCUCGUUAGCUUCUCUUGUUAUGUACACCAACAUGGCCGCCAUGUCUUUGUCAUUUGAAUCUGGUUCUGUUUGUUUCAAUGUGACGUCAUCACCGCCAUGUUGGUGUACGUUAACAAAAGAUUUUUUCGUUAGCUUCUCUUGUUAUGUACACCAACAUGGCCGCCAUGUCUUUGUCAUUUGAAUCAUUCACUUUCUUACGUUAACGCCGCCAUCUUGUUUACGCAUACCAAAAUGGCUGCUUUGGUUUGUCUUUAGUUCUUCGCUUAUUGUAGUCAUCAUCGCCGCCACAUUGGAUUGUUUUUAUACGCCAACAUGGCUGCUUCGCAUUGAUUUUGUAGUUCAAGGCCUCUUAAUAAUAUAAAGUAAAUCCUUAAUAUAUAAUUGCUUUAGAAGAGCUGGAUGAAACUUUAUUAUUGGAUCCUAAAAUAUCUAGGGAUUAAUAUUUUAGAUAAAAAAUAAUAUAAGCAAUAAAAAAUAAAAAUAAAAGAAGAAGAAGAAAAUAAUCUAUUUUUAGAUAUUUAAGCAUAGGGUGCCUCUACGCAUGCCCAAGCUUCAUACCCUUAGUCACAGGCCAGAAGAAAGGCAGGCUCUGGGUACGAGAUUGAUUUAACAUCCAAUAGUACAGCGGAAAAGGCACGUCCUAUUACUCUAUCAUUUAGCUUUUCCUAUAAGUUGUACAGAGUCUGGGAUAACAUGGGGAUUCUUACCUUUKGUAAAUUGGUAAAGUUUGGUAUUGAAGUCUUAAAUGACAUUGUGAAAUUAUUGAAUAAAUCCUUGUUAACAAAAAGUA